UGUCGUAAUUUCCGUUAUCCAUCUUUUUUCCACAAACAAUGCCGCAUUUGGUUUCGAUAAUAAGCUUUAGCUAUAGAACCUAUUCAGUUAUAACAAUUUCAUAGUGGUGCUAGCAUUUCGUUUUUUUGUGUCAUAACGGUGGUUAUUAUUUGAAAAACAAUGUCUAACACGGUUUCUUUUAGUACACAAAUAGCUGCAAUCAUGGAUGUGCUAGCGAAAGCAGCUGUUGCAGAAAUAACUAAACUUAUAGACGAGGGCACUGUAGUGCUACGCCUGGAAAUGUGUCGGAAAGAAAAUGAGAUAGAAAGCCUUCAAAACAGUUUACAGGUAAUGGAAAGAGAACUGAGAAAAGCUCAAAGGGAAGCAGUAGCACGAGUGACAAAAGACAGGCAACAUGCUGAUGGAAUUCAGGUCGGGAGUGGGUCUCCACAAAAAGGAAAUCAAGGGGACCAGAAAGCGCAAGCCACAUCUGUAGAAGAACCUGAGAGGUUCAGUGAUCUGCAGCAGUCAGGACACGUUGAGGAGACCAGUGAACUGGAGUUUCUGGUGAAAGCAGAGCAGGUGGAAGAACAUGUAGCUCAGGGAACUAUGCAAGAUUCAGAAAUCCAAGACAGUGUGGACUUCAGAAUGGAUGAGGGAGAUGGUGACCUGUGGUCCUCUGUUACACAAGGACUAAGUGGGAAUGACUCCGGCCACCCAGAUGAGUCCUACACUACAGAAAGAUGCUUACAGAUGUUCUCCUCUCAGACAGAUCAAUAUCCUGCUUCCAUUCCAUCACACCCAGGACCCUGCAACUCUUUGUCCACUGCGGGAAAACCGCUUAAUGACAUAUUCAGCACUGUUCCAGUGAAAGUGGAACCAAAGAGUCAUCCUAUGUAUCAUGACAAUGCAAUGUCAGAGUCUGUUCAAGCGGAACAAAGGCAGUAUAGAGAUAAUAUGCACCCUGAUGUGAUAGAGGGCUUGAUUUUACAACCCAGACUGCAACAUCCAGGACCUUCUUCACAAGGGCUCAUAAGAGCAACUGGGAGCCCAUCUGAGUCAAACUCACGCAACCAAGAGCAUAUUCUUAAUAAAAACAGAUUGAAAACAAAGAGGAUGGUAAAUGUUUGGAGAGCUGUACCAAACCAAAAAGUUUUUAUUUGCUCAUUAUGUGGAAAGAGCUUCCACCGCCAUUGUCAACUUGAAGCGCACCAGCACUCUCACGCUGGAGUCAAACCAUACAGAUGUCUUGAGUGUGGUAAAAGCUUUACUCAAAAAACUAGACUAAAGUCACAUCAGAGUGUUCACACAGGUGAGAGACCAUUUAGUUGCAGACUCUGUGGUAAAAUGUUUGCAAGGCAGGACAAUUGCCAAAGACAUGAGCGAUUUCACAGUGGACAGAAGCCAUUUAGUUGUGUGCAGUGUGGUAAAAGUUUCACGGUUCUCAGCAACCUGAAAAUACAUCAAAAACAUCAAUGUAAAUUUGCCAAUGUCAGAAUGUAAGAUUGGAUGUUGUUCUGUGUUUUAUUCAGCAUUGUACAGUGAAUGAACUGUUUAUGUUGUUUGUUAUGCCUUGUUCAACUACCUUUGCAAAUGUAAAUGAUUUCUAAAUAAAGUAUUAUAUUCCGUGUGAUAUUUUUUCUCCUAGGUAGCUCGAAUUGCUUUGCGUAUAUUCUUUGUGGUUUACGGUUAACUUGUAGGCCAACGUCAGAGGCACUAUUUGGUCAGCAGUUGUUAUUCGUGCAAUACAAAGUUCACGCCAUAUACGAAUUGUACAAUAUCGUAUGAAGUCUUACAACUACACAAAGAUGCUUCAAAAACAACUUGCAGUCGUCCGACGGCUGCGAUCUGCUGCUCUACUUCCUACGUGUAUACGUAGCAUUUCGUCCGGGACCAUGGACGUCCAAUUCCCAUUGAACUUCUGGAGCGGAGACCGAGUGAAGAUUAAAAAUGAGUCAACCUCAGAGCCUGUUUACGAACCUGCAACUGGUAGGGUUCUGUGUAACCUGGAGUCGUGUGGAACUGUGGAGGUUGAUCAGGCAGUGCAAGCCGCCCAGUCAGCCUACCAGACCUGGAACAGGAUGUCAGGGAUGGAGAGGGCACGCAUCAUGAUUGAAGCGGCCCGUAUUAUUGAGAACAGGAGAGAGGACAUUGCAGAGAUCGAGGUGGUGAACAAUGGGAAGUCAAUCACAGAGGCCCGGAUGGAUGUGGACUCUGCCAGACUGUGUAUAGAGUACUACUCUGGGCUGGCCAACACUCUGGCAGGACAGCAUGUCCAGCUGACGGGGGGAUCUUUUGCCUACACACGCCGAGAGCCUCUAGGGGUCUGUGUGGGGAUUGGAGCCUGGAACUACCCCUUCCAAAUAGCUGCCUGGAAGUCUGCCCCAGCCCUGGCCUGUGGCAACUCCAUGGUGUUCAAGCCUUCUCCCCUCACCCCAGUGACAGCGGUGCUGCUGGCUGAGAUAUAUGCCAAGGCCGGAGCCCCAGAGGGACUGUUCAACGUAGUCCAGGGUGGGCAGGAGACGGGCACCUUGUUGUGCCACCACCCUGACGUGGCUAAGGUCUCCUUCACUGGCAGUGUGCCCACAGGCAAGAAGAUCAUGGAGAUGUGCUCCAAGGGGGUGAAGCAUGUUACACUCGAACUGGGUGGGAAGUCUCCUCUGCUCAUAUUUGAGGACAGUGACCUGAAAAACGCAGUGAACGGGGCUCUCAUGGCUAACUUCCUUUCUCAGGGCCAGGUGUGCAGCAAUGGAACUCGGGUUUUUGUUCAGAGACAGAUCCUGCCUGAGUUCCUUAAGGAGGUUGUGAGGAGAACCAAGGCCAUAGAGAUAGGGGACCCACAGUUGGACAGCACUCGUAUGGGAGCACUGAUCAGCCGGCCACAUCUUAACAGAGUCCUAGGCUUUGUUGAACAGGCCAGGAAAGAGGGAGCCAAGGUGUUGUGUGGAGGGGAACGAUUUGUCCCUUCAGAUGCCAAACUCAGUGGUGGAUACUACAUGACGCCCUGUGUGUUGGGUGACUGCUCUGACGAAAUGACGUGUGUGAAAGAGGAGAUCUUUGGGCCUGUGAUGUCUGUGUUGUCCUUUGAAACAGAGGAAGAGGCUGUGCGGAGGGCCAAUGCCUCUGCCCUUGGCCUGGCUGCUGGGGUCUUCACCAGUGAUGUGAAGCGAGCCCACCGUGUAGUUGAACAGCUGAAGGCCGGAUCCUGCUUUGUUAAUAACUAUAACAUCACUCCUGUGGAGGUGCCCUUUGGAGGGUUCAAAAUGUCAGGCAUAGGGAGAGAGAAUGGUCAGGUGACAAUAGAGCACUACACACAAAUGAAGACAGUGUUUGUAGAGAUGGGGGACGUAGACAGUCUCUUCUAAAAGCACUAUACUGAACCACUGGACUCCACCACUCUGAGGCAUUCUGGGGGAGGAAACGCCAACCUCCUGUAGCACAAAAAGACCUCCCAUAGAAAGAAGCUGUGUGGACACUAGGGUACUCUGGUAUGUAUUGAAUUAUGGAUAUAGUACAGUAACUUAAUACACCUGGCAUCUCUGUCCACUUAAAAGGGUAUGUAAAAAAUUUAAUAAUGUAAUAAGUUUGACUAUUUACUGAGACUUAUAUAUAAAUCAGGAGAGCCAUGCCUUUUGUUUCUGUAACUAUUUCCUAAUUCUCAAAACUAUAGAUUGCUUACAUAACAAUGUAGAUAAGCAUGAACUUUAUGCAGAUGUGGUUCCCAAGUCCCAUUGUGCAUCUUGCAUAGUUGUUUGCAUUGGAAUGUAGGCUACAGAGGAUGAUUGUGGCGCUUUCACUUCUGUCAAGCGUUUGCCAUUUCUGUAAAUCAAUGUUUUUUGUAGUUGUACAUAAUUCAUUGUAUUAUACAUUUAUGAUCACAAAAUAUGUUUUUAUUAUUUCAAAGUUGUGAGAUGUCUCUCUGUUUUGAAGAUCUGUAUAAAUGAUGGCUUUAUAAAUAGGCUUUGAAGUAAAACUUUAAUUCCAUACAUAUAGUUAUUAAACAUACAGUAGAUAUAAUACAAAUGUUAAUUCAUUUAAUAUAAAAGAAAGGCUAAAUAAUCAAGUGGCUAGGAUUUGCUUCUUUGAACGGGAUAAUAUAGAUUAUAUAGAUUAUAAUAUAUCUGUCUAUCAGCUGUUUAUCAGUUGCUGUAGCUUAAUGUGUUGUAUAAACAUUUGUAUUAACAACUGAAAACAAAGGAGCAUGGCCUGAACUCAUUUACCACUUAUGAAUAACAAAGAGGCAUAGAAAUAAAACAGUGUUCAUGUAAACAAUC